GUACUGUACUAAUUACUGGGUACUAUGCCCUCCAUCCCAUCCAUCUCUUCUGUUUGUUCACUUGCUGAUAGUCAUGAUAAUAACAAUUAUCCUCCAUAUACGUACGUACCUAGGUAUGUAUUGUAUGGAUCUGGUGCAGUCGGCGGUCCAUCAAAAUGGACCGACUGUUCCGCCCCGUCCGCCCAUUGGUUGGCAAAUCGUCUGGAUAUUCACCUAGACACUGCUGGACAUGUCUAUAUGAUGAUAGAUGCUGGAGAGUUCCGCAUCUGCCGCAGAGAGCCAUGUCCAUGGGAGGAUGGAUGGAUGGAGAUUUGCGGAUGCAGGAUUCCGCAAUCCACCAUGUGAAUGUCCCUUGCAGCCAUCCAACAUCCAACAUACCUACCUAGGUGGUGGUAUAGGUGGUAUGGGUAGGUGCAGUUUAGUUUGGUCUGGGCGAGAUUUGUUUACACUCCGGGUUUCGUCCAGGG